AUGCGAUUCUUCAAACCUAAUUUUGACGCACAGAUGUCCUUUGUGAAACUGGGACGACAACAACAACAACACACUAAAGGGAAAAGGCCUGUUCGCCCAAAGAAGGCAGCAGGUCCUAAAAGGGAAUGGGUGAGCACGGUCAGUGACCUGUCUGUGCACAAGCUGACGCCCGCUGAGCUGAGUCAUCGGCAUGAGAUUCACAAGUCUCACAACAAAGUUGCAGCUCAGUGGGAGCUCAAGGAGAAAGCCCUAAAACGGCGUCUCAGACACACUGGGAGCCCCGCGCCUCUGGACAAGGCCAGCCUCAGCAUCAUCAGGGAGGUUUUCUCCGAUAAGCUGCUUCUGCAGGAUGUGCUGGCCCGCUCUGACAGAGCCAUGGCGGUGGUCAAGGACCUGUUUGGAGAUGCCCCACGGAGACAGACUGGGCACCCCAGCGUGACCAUGGCUCCACACUGCGACUCUGAUUCGGAGCUGCCUGUUCUCCAGAAACCAGAUCCACCAACUCACUUGUCUCUCCUCAGCCAGUCUAUGAUGGAUCAGGAGGCUCUUAAUGAAGUUGAGCUUUCAAAGUUAGACCACCGAGAGGAGGACGAUGAGCCGUCGUGCAGUCCACAGAAUCAUGUAAUGCGAAGGACCAAUAUACGGAAAAUGAAGGCAAACACCCGAAGCAGAGCACAGGAGCUAAAAGGUGAUAAUCUCAGUUGUGACCAAGGAGAGAAAGAGGAUGUUCCUGUGACGCCCCGCUCAACAGGAACAAGACCAGACCACAGAGACUUUUCUAAUCUCAUUCCAGCUCUCAACGCCACUGUAGCUGUUCAGCGCAUUCGCUCAAAACAGAGUCAGUCAGAGGAAGGUAAAGAAGGAGAAACCUCCACCUUGGUGUCUCAGGUCCUGAAUCCUGAAUUUCCUCUCAGUCGGUCAGGAAGGAUCAGCAGUCACGCCAGCAGGAGCAGGAAGGAUGUUUCUCGGAACUCAGUGCUGGAUGGGUCAUCUGCUGCUUCUCUCAGUGGGGACCAGUCCAGUCUGGGCCUGCUGCGGGCCAUGCUGGGUCAGGUGGAGGAAGACUUGGACAGUCUGGGCCCCGAGAACGUACCGGGCUCUGCACAGAGACCAAAAGAGCCCCGAGCACAAGGCCUCACUGGAUUCUCUGUCGCCUUGGUCUCCACACUUGGACGUUUGGUACGCCUCCUCAAACAGAGGGAAGCGGAGGCUCAGAAAGAGGCAGAGGAGAGAAGAAGGCUGCAGGAGGAGUUGACAGAGCAGCGGGGCGUUAUCGAUGCCCUCACUGCUGAAACUAUGACUCUUCGAGAGGAGUUUUCGUCGCUGCAGCACGGGUUCCAGCGCCACACAGCAGAGUUGGAGCAGAAGCUGGACACGGUGGUGUUGGUGAUGGGGGGACUGGGACUGCUGGGAGAACACAUGAACCCACCGAUACCUACUGACGCCAGAGCCCCAGUUAAUUCCACAGCUCCCGUUGCUGAAAGGGCCCCUGAACAGACCCCCGUUUGUGUUUCUCCUGCCGUCCUGCUCUCCCCGCCUCGCCAGAGAGACAACCGCCAGCAAAGUCCCGAGACUCAUCAGCUGCUCCUGCAGCCUCAGCUUCAUCCCGCAGAUAGCCGCCCCCCCCAUGAGGAUCCGGAGGCUCACGGCUCGGCCUCGAGUCUCAACAGUCUUCCCCUCAGCAGACUCCCCUCCAGCUCCUCCCUCUCUCUGAUCUCUGACCCUCUUCGCUCGCAGCCCUCCCCAGAUGCCAUGCUGGCCGAGAUCGCUCUGCUGAGCCGGCAGAACGACCUGAUCAAGGCCCAGCUCAGCCAGGCCCGGCGCCUCAAGUCAGGGGCCGGAGGAACGCCAAGCAGCAGCCUCACGCAGAGACGCUCCAGCCCGCCCAGCACGUGCACAGUCACGCCUCCAGGCAGCACGCAGAGCAGGCCGCCCGGGCCCAGAAGCACGGGCGAGAGGAACCGGAACGCCCCGACCCCCGACGAUACGUCGCUGAAUCAGGAGGCGUCUUCUAUCAGCGUAAACAGCAUGGAGCAGCGCCUCCUGGAGCUCAACAGGCAGAGCGCAGCCGCUCGGGGUCGACUCCUCCAGCUCAUCGAGCAGCAAAAGCAAAGCGUGGCAGGCAGGGUCUCUCCCUCCGUCUCCCCCAUCCCUCGCUCCGCCCUCAGCCCAAACGCAGCAGCAGGAGGAGGAAGUCCAGACGUGUCGUUGCUACUGGCUGAGCAGGAGCUCCGAGCACAGGAGGGCACAGACAGACGAUGUGCUGGUUCUCACACGUCGUCUCCCAGUUUUAGUUUUGAAACCAGGGAUGGAAAUUCACAGAUGAACAAGCAGAGUGAAAGAGAAGGGUGGUUUGCUUUGUCUGCUCACAUGAGAUGACAAGAGGAGACAGACAAAAUCAAACCUUUGAACGCAGAAAUAAAUCUAUUUUUACUCUUUUUAUUUUAUUUUUUCAGCGACUGAAAUAAAAAUGCUUUUAAUUUUAGAAUUUCAGUGAACAGUUGGCUCUGUUUCUCUCUGUUUUGGGCUUUUCCACAGAUCUGACAUUUAGUGUUUACUGUUGUGUGAAAAACCUAUGCAUAAAAAUAAAUUUUC